AUGACUGAUGUUAACGCACGAGGGGGGUAUAAUGGGGAUGCUUUACUAGCAGCUUCGGUAUCGGGCCAUCUACAGACAACACCUGCCCAGCUUCGGGAACCAUGGGGUGAGAACGAUGCGGCGGACGCUCCGGAAUUGGAAGCCUUGGAAGAGGAAGCCUUGGAAGAGGAAAGUGCUGGUGCAUCAAGCGAAAUUGACUAG